UGUAGAGUGUAUGGACAAAAAAUCUUGUCUAGAAGCUUUUGCUCUGUUUGGAAUAGAGUUUGAGUGCUUGUGGAGUGAAGUUGCGUUUUGUCUGUCAUGUCAAUUCUUUAGAAACAAAAAUAUUAAUAAAGAAGAAGUUAUUGUUUUAUUCAAAUCAAACAAGUCCAUAAGAAUAUUCUUUUAUUCGGAUUAUGUUAGGCUUCAUGUCAUCACGGCAUGGUUGAUUUGUUUUGUUUUUGUAUUGAAUUUCAAUGGAACUUUUUCUCUUUGGCUUUAAGUGAGUCAUCUCUCCAAAAUGAAGAUACGCGGUGUGAUUUCCUUGCUAUGUUUUACAAGCAUAGUUAAUUCUAUCUAUGGAGCCAGAAUACUUGGUCUAUUUCCCUAUCCAGGGAAAAGUCAUUUUGAUUUCUUCCAUCCUCUGUUUUUGGGUCUUGCUGAGGCAGGACAUGAAGUGACCGUAGUUAGCUAUUUUCCAAACAAACAACCCGUGGCUAACUACACCGAUUUGACUUUGGAUAGUUUGCCUGUAAUUGUCAAUUAUGUUGACCUCAAAAUGAUUGAAAUGUUGCAUUUUUGGUUGAGAGAAAUAAGGCUGGCAAAUUUUGUUGUUUUACAUCAGUUGGGCGUGGAGGCGUGUGAUGCAGCAUUUCAGUCUAAUGCAAUCAAAGAAGUCCUAAAGUCGUCCAAGAAAUUUGACGUUGUUUUGGUGGAGAACUUUUCAAAUGAUUGUAUGUUAGCAAUUGCUCAUAAACUGGGAGCACCUGUGGUCGGCUUGACUAGUCAUGCUCCCAUGCCUUGGCACUAUAAUAGAAUGGGAAGUCCAUUUGUAUCGUCUUUUAUGCCCAAUCAUUUCUUAGGCCACUCGAGUGAAAUGAGUUUUCUACAACGAUUAAAUAAUAUUGUUCAUCAACGUCUUGCUAAUUUUUUGUAUGAUUUCGUUACUCAACGUGCUACCAAUAACAUGAUUCGGAAAUAUUAUGGAGAUUCCGUCCCACCAAUUGAAGAUCUAGUCAUGAAUACGAGUUUGAUGCUCAUAAAUCAACACUACUCUUUGAACGGUCCUACGCCUUAUACCCCUGGAAUUGUUGAAAUCGGAGGAUUACACAUUCAAAAAGCAAAACCUCUAGAUAAAGAAUUAAAACAAGUACUUGAUAAUGCCAAGAAUGGAGCAAUAUACGUAAGUUGGGGAUCGAUGGUUCGACCAGAAACUCUACCGGAAGAAAAGAAAAAUGCACUCAUAAAAGCUCUAUCACAAUUCGAUCAACUGAUACUCCUGAAAUGGCCAAAGUCAUCAAUUCCGAAUGUACCGAAAAACUUUUACCUCCGUGACUGGAUGCCCCAAAGGGAUAUAUUGUGCCAUCCGAAUGUAAAAGUUUUUAUGACUCAUGGAGGUUUGCUUGGCACGACUGAAGGAUGUCAUUGUGGCGUUGCUGUUGUUGCAACUCCAUUUUUUGGUGAUCAAUUUUUGAAUGUAGCUGCCAUUGAGGCUCGAAAUGCUGGCGUUACACUGCAUUACCGUGACUUGCAGGAGGAAAAUAUUGUUAAAGCUCUUCGCAAAGCUUUGAGCCCAAGUGUUCAAGAAAGUGCAAAGAUUAUCUCGGAAGCAUUCAGAAACCGUCCUAUGCCACCACUUGAGUUGGCUAUUUGGUGGAUCGAGAACGUUGUUAGAACAAAAGGUUUACCUUUGGCUGUAAAUUCUUCCUCUAAAAUGCAUUGGUUCACCUAUUAUAACAUUGAUGUUUAUAUUGCCUUGUUAACAAUUUUGUUCUUAGUUUCUAUAGGCGUAAACAAAUUAGUUAAGAAAAUAUUUUGCACUAAGAAAUUAGUUGUUAAACAGAAAAAGAAUUAAACUAAAAUUAUAAUUUUUAUUAUUAA